AUGGGUUGUGUGAACUCCAAAGCUGAAAAAAACGAAGCUUUGUGUCUUUGCAAGGAACGAAAGAGGUUCAUGAAGGUGGCAAAUGAUUCAAGAUAUGCUUUAGCUGCUUCACACCUUUCUUAUAUUCAAUCUCUUCGAAACGUUGGGUUCGCUCUUCGACGAUAUGCUGAGGCAGAGAUGCUGAUAGAGUCAUCAAUGUCGGUUUCAGACCACAGCCCAUCUCAAUCUACUUACCCUUCUUCAUCUCCGUCACAUGUUGAUGAUGCUUCAGAGUCACCAUUGAACAAUGAGACUCAUAUGAGUUUUAUGAAGUCAUGGGGUACUAAAGCUGUGACUGUUAUGAUCAAUCCUCACAGUGACAAUUAUUUGAAUGAUGUAUCCACCGGGUUCCCAAUUCCACCACCUCCUCCUGAAAGUGAUGUUUAUUGGGAUUUCUUUGAUCCUGCUGAAAAUACUAAGAAUUUUGGGUUUUCAAGACAUGCAAGUUGCUUCGAAGUGUGUAAGAAUGAAGAAAAAACCAAUUCACAAAUUGCUUUGGAAGGGCAAUGUAUGAAAUCCAACUUGGAUGAAAAAGAUGUUGCUAGAGGAAAUGAUUAUAGCUGUUGUGAGAAUUUAUUUGUUUCAAGAGUGGUGGAAGGUUGCAAACAAAGGGUUGAUAGAGAAGAGAGAGAGGUAGAGUCAUUAAGGAAUGGCGAUGCUGUGAAAAAUGAGUGCACGGAAAGGGAAGAUCCUUCUGAGUUCAUCACCCACAGAGCUAAAGAUUUUCUUACAAGCAUAAGGGUUAUAGAGCAUCGAUUCGUUAGAGCUUUUGAAUCUGGUAGAGAGGUCUCGAGGCUGUUAGAGGCACACAAAAUCAAGGUUGGAUAUUCUGAGGCAAAAGGGAAAUUAUCUGCCUUGAUUUUGCUCACGGCUUUUCUGCUUGUUUGUUGCGGUGAAAAGGCUACACUUGUGUCCCAAGAACCUGCACAAAAGAUUAUUAGUUGGAAGCGAACAAUGUCUUCUCAAUCAGCCUCAAUCAGGAACCCAUUAGUUGCAACACCGCAAAAAGAUAGGGAGGAUAAUGAAAGUGAUUUUGUGGAAGAAUCCUGCAUGAUUUCUGGAAGCCAUUCAUGUACCCUUGACAGAUUGUAUGCCUGGGAGAGGAAACUUUAUGAUGAAGUAAAGGCUAGUGAAUUCUUCAAGAAGGAGUUCGAUAAAAAAUGUGACCAACUCAGGCAUCAAUUUGCAAAAGAUCAAGGCACUCAAGUGAUUGACAAAACUCGCUCAGUGGCAAAGGAUUUGCAUUCACGAAUAAUAGUGGCAAUUUAUUCUGUUAAUUUGAUAUCCAAACGAAUUGAGAGGAUGAGGGAUGAAGAAUUGUUCCCACAACUUUUGGAAUUAACUCAAGGAUUAAUCAGGAUGUGGAAGGCUAUGCUUGAAUGUCAUCAUGCACAAUACAUUACCAUAUCUUUGGCAUAUCAUUCAAGGAGAUCAACAAGAACCUUGGAAGGGGAUACUCGCAAAGAGAUAAUGGGUCAGCUACUAGAAGAAUUUGAGUGCCUUGGUGUAAGCUUUGCUCAAUGGAUCAAUAGUCACACGUCAUAUAUUGAAGCUCUCAAUGGGUGGCUACAAAAUUGUAUACUAAAACCAAAGGAACGUUCAAAGAGCAAAAAGCCAUUCUCCCCUCGCCGUGCUUUGGCUCCACCUAUAUUUGUUCUUUGUCGUGAUUGGUCUAUUGGGAUCAAAGCUUUGCCUUCUGAGGAACUAACUCAUUCAAUAAAAAACUGUGUGUCUGAUCUACGUGAAAUGAUGGAGAAGCAAGAUAAAAAUCUGAGUGAAAAACAGAAUUCAGCUAUUGCAAGCACUAGUGGAGAAAUUGAGAACAAAAUCAAUGAGGACAACGAAGAUUCUUCAUAUUUGUGUUGCAUACAUGCAAGUUUAACCAAGGUUGCUUAUCAAUUGACUAAAUUUUCUGAGGCAUCAUUGAAGAUGUAUGAAGAUAUUAGACACAAAAGUGAAGCAGCUCAAAUUGCAUAUCAUAAUUGUAGAUCUGUUAGGACUGGAAAAUUUUGA